AUAAUUCCUUCCCCUUCCCUCUCUCCAGCAUACGACCACAUAUGUUGCACCAACUAAACAAAACUUUCCAAACUUUUCACAUUGCCAGAAACUGAGGUGUAACUUUUAAAUGCUGUCUUGCGGUUACCAUCAUCAUCAUUGUCAGCAUUAGCAGCAGGGUGUGUGUGAGACAGUCUGUAGUGGUGAACACGGAAUUGCACAGUCUGGGCAGGCACACAACCUUGACAGAGAACAGUUAUUGAGGGACGACUUAGAUAUUUAUUCUUGAUGUAUAAGUGAAGAGAGUGUACCUGCAACACACCAGUACUCUAGUGCACUGGCUCUUGAACUGGAGGGUGUGCUGCCGCUAAUAAUUUCCAAGAGGGGCGUCAACUCUGGGAGAAAAGUAGCUAGCAAAAAAUUUAAGAACCUCCGCUCUAGUGGUUAAGUAACACACCCUCCCACCACCAUCACCAUCCUCACCACCAUUUCAUCACUGCAGGCUCUUCAGGGUGGUGGAGACCCUGUUGCACAUUCAUCUGGUGGUGGAAUUCCCUGGCGGCGGCGGCGAGCUGUUCAACACCAUCACCACGGAGGGACGCAUGACGGAGGCACGGGCAGCGGCAGUCUUCACACAGAGCCUGGACUACAACACGUGCGUCAACUCUGCCUGGCUGGACGAGGAGCGCACGCAGGGCUACACGUUUGUGGUGAAGAAGGACGCGGCGCGCUGGCUGGUGGUGCUGCUCACGGUUCUUGUUGUGUGUGGGAUUGACAUUGCCAUCAAGUCACUCUCCAAAUGCAAAUACUCCUGGCUCCAGAUGUACAGUGACUGCGGGGUGCAGCAGGAGGCGCUAACCCUCCCCUACCCGCUGUUUGUCGCGCUGAACAUUGGCCCGGCGCUUGUGGCUGCCUUCCUCGGCUCUUAUGUGGAGCCCGUGGCUGCCGGCAGUGGCAUCCCGCAGGUCAAGUGUUACCUGAAUGGCGCCAAGGUGUCCCGUGUGGUGAGGCUCAAGACCCUGAUGAGCAGGGCCGUGGGGGUGACCUCCUCUGUGCUGGGAGGCCGGGCCAUGGGAGAGGUCGUGGGCAAGGUCUGUUGCCGUGAGCUGACCACCAAGAUGCUGCUGCCCACGGUGCCAGCCAUGGCCAAGGGCAGGGUGGCCAAGACUACAGAUGAUGGGCCACUCCUAGACAAAGAGCGGCGGGGAAGAGGAUGGUUAAGACACCUUGUGCAUGUUAAUACUCUCUCAUACUUGUGCCAAGGCCUAACACUGUGUGGCCAACACUCUCAGCAGGGGCUUUGUCUUGUGAUGUAUGUUGUUCAUUUUGUAUUUUAUUCUUUGUAGCUGUGUGAACUGCCUUAAAGUGAGUAUUUAUGCUCACUUUCAUGACAAGAAAAUGUUUUAUGUUGCUGGCUGCCACAGGCUCUAUACAAUCAUGAGUUGUUCAUCAAUCCACAG